AUGGUGAAAGACAUUGCUCCCAAGGCUGGGCUAUCGGCGGAUUUCCUUUGGGGGUUUGCGACAGCAUCAUAUCAAAUCGAAGGGGCCACCACGGAGGACAACCGCGGCCCGUCAAUCUGGGACACGUUCUGCACGCUCCCCGGCAAGGUCGCCGACGGCACAUCCGGCUUGACAGCAUGCGACUCGUACCACCGCACGGCGCAAGACAUCGAGCUGCUCCGAAAAACCGGCGCCAAAGCCUACCGCUUCUCCAUCUCCUGGUCGCGCAUCAUCCCCCUAGGAGGACGGAAUGACCCGAUCAACCAAGCCGGGAUCCAAUACUACAGCAAGCUCGUCGACGACCUUCUCAAAGCCGACAUCGUCCCGCUCGUGACUCUGUAUCACUGGGACCUGCCCGAAGCACUGUACAAGCGCUACGGCGGGCUACUGAACAAAGAGGAAUUCGUGGCCGACUUCACCAAUUAUGCGCGGAUACUGUUCGACGCUCUGGGCGACCGGGUGCAGCAUUGGAUCACCUUCAACGAGCCCUGGUGCAGUGCGAUCCUGGGAUAUAGUCUAGGAGUGCACGCUCCAGGACAUACCAGCGACCGAACCAAGAGUCCUGUAGGCGAUGCGAGCACGGAGCCGUGGAUCGUGGGCCACAAUAUCCUGAUCGCCCACGCGAGCGCUGUCAAGGUGUACAGAGAGGAAUAUGCAAGCCGGAGUGGUGGAGAAAUAGGCAUCACGUUGAACGGCGACUGGGCUGAACCGUGGGACCCAGAAGACGAGGAGGACCGCGUAGCGUGCGAGCGCAAGACCGAGUUUUCCAUCGCCUGGCUCGCCGACCCCAUCUAUUUCGGCCACUAUCCGGCCUCGAUGGUCAAGCAGCUCGGCGACCGGCUGCCGAAAUUCACCCCGGAAGAAAAGAAACUCCUGGUCGGCUCGAACGACUUCUACGGCAUGAACCACUAUUGUGCCAAUUAUAUCCGCCACCGCGACGGGCCGGCUGAUCCGCUCGAUUUCUCCGGGAACGUGGACGUCUUGAUGGAGGAUAAGCACGGGAACCCGAUCGGACCGGAGACGCAGAGUCCGUGGCUCAGGCCGCAUGCGCCCGGGUUUCGCAAGUUGAUCAAAUGGUUGAGUGAUCGCUAUGGUCGGCCGAAGAUCUAUGUCACGGAGAACGGGACCAGUAUCAAGGGCGAGAAUGACUUGCCCAUGGAGGAGAUCUUGCAGGAUGACUUUCGCGUCGAGUAUUUCCGCAGCUACGUCCAGGCGAUGGCGGAGGCUGUGGCGGAGGACGGAUGUGAUUGUCGGGGGUAUAUGGCUUGGAGUUUGAUGGAUAACUUUGAAUGGGCUGAAGGAUAUGAAACCCGCUUCGGCGCCACCUAUGUCGACUACACAAAUGGACAGGAGCGGUAUCCCAAGAAGAGCGCGCUGGAGAUGAAGGGCAUCUUUGACCAGUAUAUUGGGAAAGUCUAG